AUGGCUGAGAGAAACCAUACUGUGAUGGUCACCAAGUUCAUUUUCAUGGGGUUGACAGACAACCCAAUAGUGCAGGUCAUUCUGUUUGUGCUGUUCCUAUUGAUUUACAUCAUCACACUGGUGGGAAAUCUUGGGAUGAUUCUGCUAAUCAAGAUCAGCCCUAAACUUCACACUUCCAUGUACUUCUUCCUCAGUAACUUGUCUUUCCUGGACAUUUGUUAUUCCUCUGCGGUGGCCCCCAAGACACUGGCAAGCUUCUUGGAAGAGACAAAAGCCAUCUCUGUCUUUGGGUGUGCAACACAAAUGUACUUUUUUAUAGCCCUGGGGACCACAGAGUGUUUUCUGCUGUCUGCAAUGGCCUAUGACGGGUAUGUGGCCAUCUGUAACCCACUGCUCUACCCAAUAAUUAUGUCCCCAAGAGUCUGUGUCACAAUGGUGGUUGGAUCGUAUACACUUGGACUGUUACAUUCCAUGGUGCACACACAUUUUACGUUCCAUUUGUCCUUUUGUGGGUCUGAUGAGAUCAAUCAUUUCUAUUGUGAUAUUACACCUCUGCUAUCACUGUCCUGCUCUGAUACCCAUUUCAAUGAAAUCUUACUGUUCACCCUGGUUGGAUUUAUUGAAAUAAUUACAGUUCUGACGGUUGUGAUCUCUUAUAUUUACAUCCUUGGCACCAUCCUGAGAAUCCGCUCUGCUACGGGGAAACAGAAACCUUUCAAUACUUGUGCCUCCCACUUCACAGGGGUCUCAAUUUAUCAUGGGACAAUUCUCUUUAUGUACCUGAGACCCAGUUCCAACUACUCCUUGGAUACAGACAAAGUCAUUGCAGUAUUCUAUACUGUGGUCAUCCUGAUGCUGAAUCCCCUGAUUUACAGUCUCAGGAACAAGGAGGUGAAAGAUGCUGUAGGGCAAGGGUUGGCAAACUACAUCCUGUGA